ACAGUUCCAAGAGAAGCUUUUACCUACUUGGAUGGCCAGAAGGACUUUGUCGAGAUCGACCAUAAUGAUCUGUAUCCAUAUCUACUUGUUAAUAUAGGCUCUGGGGUUAGCAUGAUCAAGGUCGAUGGGGAUGGAAAGUAUGAGCGGAUAAGUGGAACAAGCCUUGGUGGAGGCACAUUUUUAGGUCUUGGAAAGCUUCUAACAAAAUGCAAGAGUUUUGAUGAGCUGCUCGAGUUAAGUCACCAUGGAAAUAACAGAGUAAUUGACAUGCUUGUUGGGGAUAUCUACGGUGGAACAGAUUACUCAAAGAUUGGUCUGUCCUCAACAGCUAUUGCUUCCAGCUUUGGGAAAGCAAUUUCUGAUGGCAAAGAACUUGAAGAUUACCAGCCAGAAGAUGUUGCAAGAUCCCUUCUUAGAAUGAUAUCAAAUAAUAUCGGUCAGAUUGCGUAUUUGAAUGCUCUCAGAUUCGGUCUUAAGCGUAUUUUCUUUGGUGGAUUUUUCAUCCGUGGGCUAGAGUACACCAUGGACACAAUAUCAGUUGCUGUUCACUUUUGGUCGAGGGGAGAGGCAAAAGCAAUGUUUUUACGACAUGAAGGGUUUCUUGGAGCAUUAGGAGCAUUCACGAGCUACGAAACUCAUAGUAAUAACGAUUCAAAGCCGCAACAUCAUACUGUGCAAAGAGCAAUUCUCAACUGUUCAGGUGAUGAUAGCUUUCGGCACAUCCCAGUAACGUCUAAUUUAAAUGAUAGCGAAACCAUAGAAUGCAGCAUCAGUUUAGUUUAGUUACCACCUCCCGGUGUAUUGUUAUCAAAUUCAGUGUAGAAAUAUGUUAAUUAAACUGUUUGGAUCAAGAGCUGUACUCAUUAGUAGUAUAUUUGUUGAAUAUGUAAGACGCAUUUAUGCAAACAUGAUUCACUUAUUAAUUAAUGUUCAUGUAUGUCCCCAAUGUAACUUGUACUAUAUAGUUUUAUAAAGAAGAAUCAAAUACACAGA